AUGCUGUCUCACGCCGACCUCCUGGACGCGCGGCUCGGGGACAGCGGGGAGGAGGGGCGCGAGGCGGCCCCUCGAGGAGCGCGCCUGCGCUGCGGAUCUGCGCGUUCCCGCGCCGGCUUUUGUAAGGACUGCGGGAGCCGGCAGGAGCGGAAAUCAUCUGUACAGACCACUGGUGAAGAACAAAUACAGAAUCCUUACACAGAGCUCCUUGUAUUGAAAGGUCAUCAAGAUAUAGUACGAUUUCUAGUGCAAAUAGAUGAAUACAGGUUUGCUUCUGCAGGAGAUGAUGGAAUCAUAUUUCUGUGGAAUGCUCAGAUUGGAGAGAAACUUUUUGAACUACAUGGAUAUACACACAUUACAGCUAUUGCACCAUUUUUUUCAUCACGUGCUUCUGGAGAAAACAAUCAAUUGAUAUUAACAGCAUCAGCUGAUAGAACAGUUAUUGUUUGGGACUGCAGUAGUGGCAAACAGAUUCAGAAAGUGUCAUGUUUCCAUUCUACUGUAAAGUGUUUGACAGUUCUUCAAAGACUGGAUGUAUGGCUGUCUGGAGGGAGUGAUCUAUGUGUUUGGAACCGAAAAUUAGAUCUCUUGUAUAAGACCAGUCAUCUUACUGAUGCAGGUAAAAAUGUAAAUGACUCAUUAUAGCUGUUAAAGUGCAAGUAAAAUGGAUCUGUAUAAUGAUGCAAAACCAACUUGGCAAAUUCUCUUUAAUUCUAAUGAUAAUGUUAUAUAUUAAAGGCACGCUCUAUCUAUUUUUUUAAUGUCAAAUUUAAUAAUUCCAAAUUUAAGACUACUUUUAAUCUCUUGUGCUAUGUGGGUUUUAGAAUACGUCAAAUCUCAGUAACUGUACAUUAACUUGGACUUG